AGUGUAGUUCCAGCGCGAGCGGCACUCUGGUAAAUGUAGUUCUCUGCGCGUUCACUUCCGCGGUGCGGCCGUGUCCACCACGGCACUGCGAGGUCCGAGGGGCAGUAACCCUCUGGAACAAGACAAUUCAUGUGAGAUAAGAAAGAAGAGCCCACAAGACCAAGAAUGCAUUCUCAGUUUACAGACCACUGACCAGAGACCACUCCAGGGUGUCAGGACUAAGAGAAGUCACAAAACGGCGGGUUUCCCAAGAGCAGUGGAAAAUGAUCCAGUCACAGAUAUCAUUUGAGGAUGUGGCUGUGGAUUUCACGUUGGAGGAAUGGCAGCUACUUAAUCCUACUCAGAAGAACUUGUACAGAGAUGUGAUGUUGGAGAACUAUAGCAAUCUGAUUUUCUUGGGUUAUCAAAUUCUCAAACCUGAUGCAAUUUUCAAACUGGAACAACAAGAUCCAUGGAUAAUAGGUUAAGAAAUCCUAAAUCAAAACUUUUCAGAAGUCUGGCUAGAUAAUCCCAAAAUGUGCUCCGAGAUAAUUCAAGACAACCUUAAGAGUAUGGAGAGAGGCCAAUAAUAUGAUGUUUUUGGAAAAAUAUUUAAUUCAAGCAUAAACGUUGUUCAUGUAGGAAUGAGAUCCCAUAAUGUGGCACAGGAGAAAAAGUUUGAACAUCCUUUUGACUUGCUUAUUCCAAGAAAUAACUGUGAAAGAAAGAAAAUUGAUGAGCUCAAUAAUAAUAUAUUCUGUAUCAAACCUGACAGAACCCAUGGUGGAAUAAAAUGCUGUGAUUGCAAUACAUGUAGAAAACCAGCAACAAAGAGCCAUGGCUCACUUGCUAAUCAUACACACACAGGAGUCUAUUUAUGCAUGGAUGUGGCAGACUUUUUUAACAAGAAGUCACAACUUAUUAUACACCAGAGAACUCAUACAGGAGAGAAGCCCUAUCAAUGCAGUGAGUGUGGAAAAGCCUUCUCACAGAAGUCACUGCUCACUAUUCAUCAAAGAACUCACUCAGGAGAAAAACCGUAUGGGUGCAGCGAAUGUCAGAAAGCUUUUAGUAGGAAGUCACUCCUCAUUUUACAUCAGAGAAUUCAUACUGGAGAGAAGCCGUAUGGAUGCAGUGAAUGUGGAAAAGCCUUCAGUAGGAAGUCGCAGCUUAAAAGACAUCAGAUAACUCACACAAUAGAGAAACCCUACAGUUGCAGUGAGUGCGGGAAAGCAUUCUCGCAGAAAUUAAAACUCAUCACACAUCAGAGAACACACACAGGAGAGAAACCCUAUACGUGUAGUCACUGUGGAAAAUCCUUCUUUUGGAAGUCGCAGCUUAUUACUCAUCAGAGGACCCACACAGGGAAGAAACCUUAUGCAUGUAGUGAGUGUCAAAAAGCCUUCAGCAGGAACUCACUUCUCAUUAGGCAUCAGAGGAUUCAUACAGGAGAGAAGCCCUACGAAUGCAAUGAAUGUGGUGAAGCCUUCAUCAGAAAACCACAACUGAUUAAACAUCAGAUAACUCACACAGGAGAGAAGAACUAUCGAUGCAGUGAUUGUGAAGAGGCCUUCUUUAAGAAGUCAGAGUUAAUAAGACAUCAAAAAAUUCACUUAGGAGAGAAACCAUAUGGAUGCAUUCAAUGUGGGAAAACCUUCUUUGGGAAGUCCCAGCUCCUAACGCAUCACCGAACACACACUGGGGAGAAGCCUUAUGAAUGCAGUGAGUGUGGGAAAGCCUUCACCCAGAAGUCAAGCCUGAUAUCACAUCAGAGAACACAUACAGGUGAGAAACCCUAUGAAUGCAGUGAAUGCAGGAAGACCUUCAGUGAGAAGUCAAGUCUCAUUCAUCAUCAGAGAACUCAUACUGGAGAAAAGCCCUUUGAAUGUAGUGAAUGUAGGAAAGCUUUUGCCUGGAAGCCACAGCUUCUUAGGCAUCAGAGAAUUCAUACAGGGGAGAAACCCUAUGAAUGCAAUGAAUGUGGGAAAGCAUUUGUUCAGAAAGUGCAGCUCAUUAAGCAUCAAAGAAAUCACACGGGAGAGAAAACCUAUGGAUGCAGUGAUUGUGCAAAAGCUUUCUUUGAGAAGGCACAGCUCAUUAUACAUCAGAGAAUUCAUACAGGAGAGAGACCAUAUAAAUGUGGUGAAUGUGGGAAGUCUUUCACGAGAAAGUCACACCUUAUGAGGCAUCAGAGGAUUCAUACAGGAGAUAAAUACUAUGGAUGCAAUGAGUGUGGGACCACCUUCAACAGGAAGUCGCAGCUUAUGAUACAUCAGAGAAAUCAUAUAAUAUAAAAAUCAUACGUUUGGUGAAUUCAGAAAAGUUGCUAUCAAAUGUCAUACUUUCUAACACUUUUGAGGAUGAAUAAGGGAGAGAAACCCUAUUGAGGCAGUGACUGUUGAAAAAGCUUGAAUUGGGGAGUCAAGAGUCACUAUGCAGAAUUUAGAAAGGAGAGUUUUUAAAAAGUAAACAAUGUAAAAAAAGUCAUCUCCCAGAAGACACUACUCAUUACAUAUUGGAUGACUCAUUGAGAUGAAAACCUUAUUAGUGUUGUGAUAGUAUAGAAGCUUUUAGUCAAAAGUCAGCUUAUUAAAUGUUUAGAAUACCAAAACAGGAAGAAAAUUAUAUUGUUAUGACAAGCAAGUGAAAGAUUUCAAGAAAGGACAACUCACUGUGCACUUGAGAAUAAUACCUACAGAGGUUUAUACUGACGAGUAGUCUCAAUAAUGUAAAGAAUUUGACAAGCGUGAUGCUAUUGAAAUAGUUCUGUAAGGAAGUGGUGUUCUUUAUAUAUAAAUUAUUACAAAAAGCAGUCAAUUGUAAGUGUUAGGUGUGUUUACUUAGAUGUGAAGAGUUCUGCUUUCUGCUGUGAUGG